AUGGGCAACAUCGACGAUGCUGUCAGUAUCACCGUGGCGGUACUGAUUGUCCUGACAGUCGGAUUCGUGCAGGAACAACGGUCAGAGAAGAGCCUGGAGGCGCUCAGCAAGCUCGUGCCACACCAUUGCCAUCUCAUCCGCGAUGGCAAGCCGUUCCACAUGCUCGCCAAUGAACUAGUUCCUGGGGACAUUGUGACGUUCACCACCGGGGACCGAGUGCCCGCCGACGUGAGACUGAUCUCUGCGGUCGACCUCGAGGUUGAUGAGAGCAGUUUGACGGGGGAGACGACGACGCGGCGAAAGGACACCGAGCCAUGUACCGCGAUGGGCGCCGGGAAUGGGUACGCGAACGGGUCAGGGACAGGGUAUGGAGUGCCCGCUGGGGAGCCCGUUGCGCUCGCAGAGCGGUCGUGCAUCGCGUACAUGGGCACGCUCGUACGAAACGGUGAGUGUAGCGGAUACGGUAGUAGGUGUGAUGAACGUUGA